UUGAGAUGAGGAAACCACGUUUCAUGAUCCGUGAUCCAGAGUUGAUCAAGCAAAUUACUGUGAAAGAUUUCGAUCACUUUCUCGAUCAUCGAUUCAACAUUGAUGAGAGAAACGAACCGCUUUUUGGUCGAAAUCUCUUGAUACUCAAGGGUCAAAGAUGGAGGGAAAUGCGUUCCACCUUAAGCCCAGCCUUUACCGGAAGCAAGAUGAGGACCAUGUUCCAAUUGGUUUCUGAAUGCUGUUCCGAAGUCAUAAGCUUCCUAGAAAACGAUGCUAACGGAAAAGUUCGACAAACUGAUCUUAAGGAUCUUUUCUCCAAGUAUACUAACAACGUUAUUGCAUCAUGUGCUUUUGGACUUAAAGUUGAUUCUCUCAAAGAUAAAAACAACGAAUUCUAUUUGUAUGGCAAAGAAGCUACAAAUCUGGAAGGAUUGGGUACUUUAUUCUUCUUCAUGCAAAUGAUAUUUCCAAAAUUAUCUAAGGUUUUGCGACUCAACCUUUUCUCAGAGGCAUUUUCAAAAUUUUUCAGAAAUCUUGUUUGGGAUACAAUUCGGCAUAGAGAGCGUGAAAAUAUUAUUCGUCCGGAUAUGAUUAAUCUUCUAAUCCAAGCUCGAAAGGGCAAGCUUAAGCAUGAAGUUGAAGUAAAUUAUAAGGAAGGAUUCGCCGUGGUCCAAGAAACUCACGUCGGAGAAGCUAUUGAUAAGAGCAAACUCCAGGAAGAUGAUUUAACAGCUCAAUGUUUGAUCUUUUUCUUGGCUGGAUUCGAAACCAGUAGUACGUGUAUGUGCUUCACAGCUCAUGAAAUAGCUGUGAAUCCAGAAGUUCAGAAAAAACUCCUUGUAGAAGUAGAUGCUAUGAAAGAAAAGCUCGAUGGGAAGCCUUUGACCUAUGAAUUGCUUCAAGACAUGCAUUAUCUAGAUAUGGUAGUUUCUGAGAGCCUUCGAAAGUGGCCACCGGCUGUUGCAACGGACCGGGAAUGUUGUAAGCCUUACACAAUUAAAACAGACACUAUUAGCUGUGAUGUGAAAGUCGGAGAGGCUGUUAUAAUACCUAUCGUGAGCCUUCAUCACGAUCCGCAGUAUUUUCCCAAUCCAUCUCGAUUUGAUCCUGAAAGGUUCAGCGAGGAGAACAAGGAUAAGAUAAAUCCGUUCAUGUAUAUUCCUUUUGGAGUUGGUCCAAGAAACUGCAUAGGAUCGAGAUUUGCAUUGAUGGAGACCAAGGCCAUCAUUUACUACAUCUUGACCAAGUUCACCUUUGAAGUAUCCGAAAAGACUCAAAUUCCCUUAAAACUUGCCAAAUCUGGACUAUUUUUGAGGGGUGAGAAAGGUUUUUGGGUAGAUCUUAAACCAAGGAAUACAUAAAAAUUUCUUUUGAGAAUUUUAUUAUGUUUUCUUUCAUGA